AUGAGUUACUCUAAUCCCAUCAUUCCGGGGUUCAACCCUGACCCAUCUAUUAUUCGUGUCGGCAAAGACUUUUUCUUGGUCACCUCUACCUUUGAAUACUUCCCUGGAGUCCCCAUUUACCACAGCCAGGAUUUGAUUCAAUGGAAAUUGAUCGGUCAUGCAUUGACACGGCCCAGCCAGCUCCAAAUCCAUACACCAGAACCAGGAGGUGGAGUAUGGGCAACCACAAUUCGUCAUCACGCGGGGGUUUACUAUAUCAUGGCUGCAAGCUUUCAGCGUUAUCGUCCUCAACAGGAUGACCGAGUUUGGCCACAGGGAUUUUACGUCAGAACGACCGAUAUAUGGAAUGAGAAAACAUGGUCUGAUCCAAUCUAUUUCGACCAAGUCGGUUUUGACCAAGAUCUUUUUUGGGAUGUCGAUGGAACCGUAUAUUUAUCCUCGACCUACAGAAAGACUCAGCCAACUAUUGGUGCUAAUCUAAAAGACUUUGCGAUUCAUGUAUGCACUGUUGAUCUGGCCACCGGGCAUUCGACAUCUGCGCCUAAAUUGAUCCGGGAAUCUUCUUCUGGUGUUGCUGAGGGAUCGCAUAUUUUCAAACGCGGCCGUUAUUGGUACCUGUUUACAGCAGAAGGUGGCACUGAAAGUGGCCAUAGCGAAUGGGUGAACCGCAGUGAGGUUGGUCCAUUUGGACCGUGGGAACUUGGGCCAAAUAACCCUCUCUGGCGCAAUGGCGUUGAGGACGAAGUGCAAAACACAGGACAUGCCGAUCUGGUCGAGGAUACCAAAGGGCAAUGGUGGGCAGUUGUCCUCGGCGUUCGUCCUUCAAGACAAGGAGAUAUGUGGCAAGAAUCAGUGCUAGGUCGAGAGACAUUUCUGGUUCCUUUGGAAUGGAAAGACGACUGGCCUGUGAUCAACGGAGGGCAGAAAAUCAGUCUCAAUUCCAAUGGACCUGGUCUUUAUCAAUUUGAUAUUCCGGUCUCCUGGAGAGAUGAAUUUUCGGAGCCACAAAUGCAAGUCGGCUGGUACCGAAAAAACACACCCUUCGUGAACGACUACUCGCUGACUGAGCGCCCCAAUUACCUUCGUCUCCACGGCGGACCAUAUAAUCUGUCAGUGCCGGCCAGUCCAACCAUGUUCCUCCGCAAGCAAACCCACCACCUCUGUAGGUGGGAAACAAAGCUUUCCUUUGAGCCGACGGUAGAUGAAACCGAGGCUGGUACUGUGGUCUGGUUGAACUAUUUUACAUAUAGCAGCAUCGGUAUUAGGAAAGAUAGCAAGGGCCGGUUUAUUCGUUUUCGACCAUCGGAGGGCGACAUUGUGGAACAUAGAUUGGAUACAAACACUGCUGUCACUCUCACAGUUGACUGUGGCACGGAAUAUCAAUUUGGGUAUUGCGAAGGCACAGAAUCUGAGGUCCACUGGAUUGGGUCAGUUUCUAACAGUGCUGCUACGGCAGCUCCUCCAGUUGGGGCCAACUUCACUGGCAUGAUGCUGGGGCUAUAUGCAUUUGGAGAGCGCCAGCGAUGUUUAGCCCCAGCUGAUUUUGCGUACGCAGAGUUUAGAUAA